AAUCAGGGACGUCGGUCGGCUCUCGCGGCGCGCUAUCGACCUGUGCACGGCGGACGUGCUGAGAGGAGUUCGCCCGGCCGCCCAGCCGCCUCCGCCGCCACCGCUAGCCAACCCCGUCAGCCGGCACCGCCACUGGCCAACCCUAUCCGUCGCCGACAGCUCAGUGGCAACACUCAGAAACAGCAGUUGGUAGCGUUAGCGGCAGCAGGUGUCAUCUGCGGCAACAGCAGCAGGAGCGGCAGCAGCAGCAACGGCUGUCGUCAGCAGCAGCAGCAGCAGCAGUUGUCGUCAGCAACAACAAUCGUCAGCAGUUAUACCAGUCAUAGAGGCAGCAGCAGCAGUCGACAGCAGCAGCAACAAUCGUCGCAGCAGCAACAGUCGACAGCAGCCGUCACUCACCAUGUCCGGUCACACGGUGACUCCCGGAGCGCUGGUGACGUUCAUAGCCAGUCACCGGACGUCAGAGGUCACCAGGUCACCAGAGCGACCUCUGGAGGUCAGCGCAGACAGCAGCAGCUGCCCGACUGACCUCUCAGACACCAGUCUAGGUCGAGAGAUGGCGAUGUCGUGUGACAGCACCGACCAACUGUCUGAGGAGCGCCCACAGCACCGCUCAACCCCGCCACCCCCAUCCGGCACCAAACUGACCUCUGGUGACCUCAGCACCGGCGGUACCCCCGACCCGGGCAUCCGGCGCUACCGCACCGCCUUCAGGCCCGACCAGAUCAAACGGCUCGAGGCCGAGUUCCUCAAGGACAACUACGUCAGCCGACCCAAGAGGAACGAGCUGGCCACGGAGCUCGGACUCGCCGAGGGAACCAUAAAGGUGUGGUUCCAGAACCGUCGGAUGAAGCACAAGCGGCAGCAGAUGACCGCCUGGCCGCUCGACCCGCGCUUCGCCGACCCGACGCUGGCCGCGCUACUGCUGCAGGCGGCCGUGGCCUCGGGCGGUUACGGGCCGUACGGCGCCGCGCCGCCGCCGCCGCCCCACCACCACCACCCCACCCACCACGGUCACCCGGGGGGCCCGCCGGCGGCCGUGCUGCCGCACCUGGCCGGCUACUACGGCCCGCUGGCCGCCGCCAAGGGCCGCUUCUCGCCGUACCCGGCGCUGCCACUGCGGCCGCAGCCCAGCCUGGCCUCCGGCUUCCUGCUGCCGCCGCCGCCGCAGCCGCCGCUGCUGGGGUCGGCCGGGCGCGGCUCCCUCUCACCUCCGCUGGUGGCCUCCUCGGCGGCGGCGGGGGCGGUGACCAGCAGCUCACCAGAACACAGCACAUUCUUCCGACCAUUCGAGACCUCAGUACACAAGGACGGCUUCGAGAGCGGCGAGUAGUGAUUCGGAAUGUAGAGCGAGAGCCGAAUAGUAAUGCGAGUUUUUGUCUUGAGAUGAACAGGUGUGUACAUACGUUGUUCGUGUGAGGUACUCAGAAAUGUAAACUGUUUUGGGUGGAGAUGUGCUGGAAGACAACAAGGUAAUGGUUUUGACUAGCUUGAAUCUCCAGGAAAUGACUGAUGGGUUUGCAAAUAAGACUGAAGCGAUGUUGCAGCUAUAUCUGUGAUUUAGUGCAUGCGUGAUAGAUAUUGAGCUAUUGUUAGAGAUCUUCAAAGUUGUGUUCAUAGAGAGUUGGAGAAAUAUUGCAAAUAAACACACCAAGUGAG